AUGGCAAAUAGAACUGUAAAUGAUGCUAAAUCCGUUAGAGGAUCCAAUCCUCAAUAUUUAAUUGAAAAAAUUAUUCGAGCCCGUAUUUACGAUAGUAAAUAUUGGAAAGAAGAAUGUUUUGCCUUAUCCGCUGAACUACUGGUUGAUAAAGCAAUGGAACUGAAAUAUGUUGGUGGUGUUUUUGGUGGCAAUAUUAAACCAACACCUUUUUUGUGCUUAAUUCUAAAAAUGUUGCAAAUUCAACCUGAAAAAGAUAUUAUUGUAGAAUUUAUUAAAAAUGAAGAAUUUAAAUAUGUUAGAGCUCUGGGGGCUUUUUAUAUGAGACUAGUUGGAAACCCCUUAGAGUGCUAUAAAUAUUUAGAACCUCUUUUAAUUGACUGUCGAAAAUUAAGAAAACAAAACAGGCAAGGGCAUUUUGAAUUGUUACAUAUGGAUGAAUUUGUUGAUGACCUGCUAAGAGAAGAAAGAAUGUUUGAUAUUAUAUUACCCAGAAUUCAAAAGAGACAUGUUUUGGAAGAAAAUAAUGAAAUAGAACCCAAAAUAUCGGCUCUUGAUGAUGAUUUAGAUGAAGAAGUUGAGAAGUCAGAUGAAGAAUCACCCAAAAGAACUACCAAAGAUAAAAAAAGUAAGUCAGAUGGAAAGUCACCAGGUAAAAGUGACAAAGGUUUAAUCAAGGAUUGGGAUAAAAAAUACAGAAGCAGUAGAAGAGAUAGAGAUCAUGAAAAAAAUAAAACAACAAGAGAUUGGGAUCGAAGAAGCAGAAGUAGAGAGAGAGAUAGAAGUGUAACAGUAGUUACGAUGGUUAAUGUAAUUAUAUCAUACAAUUUAUAA